AUGAAUCACAACGGGGCGACUGGCAACUACAACGCGACCAACUUUUUAGCAGGUCUCGAAGAUGUCACAUCGGCGGCUGAGGAAGAGACUGCAGAUAUUUUGUCUAUAAACCUUCGACCUACGCCCAUCCGUCAAAUCAGAAAUGGUGAUGAAAAUGAAACCAAGCCUAUCCAUUAUGCUAGUGCAUCUGAUAUGGAGCCCCGCAAAAAGCUCGAAAAUUUCACUUGUUUUCCGCGCCUUUCGGUGGAAUUGCGCCUGAAGAUCUGGAGAACAAUAGCCUUCAUGCCGCGUGUUGUUGCAUUACGAGAGCAGACACGUCAUGAUCAGAAUCCUAAGAGGCAGGUCUCUAUACAAAUGACAAGCGCUGCCGCCAAAUUACUACAAAUUAAUCACGAAUCUCGAGUCGAAGGGUUAAGAUUCUAUAAGCCUUGUUUUGGGCCUCAAUUAAGUGGCGAUAUUUCUGUUGCUGAUGUUAAAGACCUCGUCAUUCACGCAAACUUAACAGUGGAUACGCUGUACUUGGAACGAUUCUGCUACCAAAGCUUUUGGCAAACGCGCGUAGAGUCACGUUCUAGUAGAUAUAUGGACAAUUUUAUAAGACACGCAAGCAGCAUUGCCAUUGAUGCUUGUAGAGCGUCCGAAGGAGGUUACAUUGACUGUAUUUUCUUUAUGCUCAAAUGCUCCCCUAACAUCAAGGAAGUGCUACUCGUUGUUAGAAUCAACGACAAUCUCAUAAAUCGCACAUUAUCUGGCCAUUGGGACUUACUCGAGUUCCACAAAGACGAAGCUAGUUGUUAUCGUGAGAAAUACCAGGGAGACUGGACUAUAAUAUGUGAUGCUUUAGGCUCUAGGUUCACGAAUCCAAGAAAAGUGGUAACGCUCAGCGAUCCGGAGAUCAGGAUCGUUGGAUUGACGAGAGAUGGUGUCCGAAUCUGA